UUUUUUUUUUUUUUUUUUUUUGUAGUCAUGACGACAGCAUUAACAAACGAAAAUUGGACUUGUGGACAAGCACCAGAUAGUCCUGAUUAUCACGAUAAAGAGUUUACUAAUUCAGAUGAUCUUGAAGCCACCUCCAAUCUGUAUGGUUCAUCUCUUUUAUUGAAUCAACAAGCAGUACAUCAACGUCGUCAACAUUUAGUGAUUGUAGGUUCUUUUGAUAAAUCAGUCACUUUGGGUAGAGGUGGCGCUUCCACCGUCAAGAUUGGUAGACGUAACCGACAAAUCAGUCGUAUUCAUGUUUCCAUUACCUAUUCCAAAGAAAAUGAGCAGUUUGAAUUACUCGUGGUUGGCCUCAAUGGUGCUUGCGUAGAUCAAAUUCAAUAUGCUCAACAUCAAGUAGCAGCACUAGAGAACGAUAGCUUUAUUGAUAUUUUGGGUGAUCACUUUUACUUUAAAGUGCCUCCUUCUCCUAUAAAUUUUGAUAAUAUCAAACCCGAUAUCAUUGUCAACAAGAAGGAUAUUUUCAGAGAAUUAUCUCCUGAAGCCGAAGAGGUAGUUCAAGAAGAAGAAGAGGAGGAGGAAUAUCCAGCUGAAUUGGUACCAGAGGACCCAUUAUCGAGUGAAGAAAAGGAACUAUCUCCUGACCCACCUGUAAUCGAAGAAGAAGAAGUGAAAGAGACCUGUGAUGAAGAUACGAACGAUUAUGCCGAAGUUAUUAUUGAUGCACUUGUAUUCUCUCGUACUUCAUCCAUGCCAAUUAGCGACAUUUGCUCGCGUAUAUUAAAAGGAAAUCCAACAUAUGCUAAACAACCUCGUGCUUUAUGGAUUGAACGUAUUCGCACCGUGUUGAAAGAAAGACCUUUCUUUGGAGAAAUCCAGCGUAAAGGAAAGACGGCUGAUGGAUCACCCACCGAAAACUUAUACUAUUAUAACAGCGAAUUGGAUCCUGUUGAAUGGCGUCGUUCUACUUACACUCAGGUGGGUCGUAGUGCUCGUAAAUGUACUUUGAAAGAUAAACAAUACUUUUGGAAGAUCCCUCCAAAGCUUGGUCGUCAUAGAAGCGCCUAUAUUCCUCCCCCUGCAAAUGACAAAAGACAACGACUAGAUACAGGAGAUCAUCAAGAUGAAAAUGUUGAUCCUAAAAAGACAAGAUAUUAAAAGAAAAAAAAAAGUGAAAGGACCUGUCAAAGUACAUAUCAUUAUUUCCCCUUCUUUUAUUUUUUUUUUUUUUAUUAUUUAUUUUUAUUUUAUUCGUAAUAAAAAACAUUUUAAAGCUUUGCUUCAUUCUUUAAAA